AUGGAGCAGUAUGUCUACAAAAGGAAAAGUGAUGGCGUCUGCAUCAUAAAUCUGAAGAGGAUCUGGGAGAAGCGUCUGUUGGCAGCUUGUGCCAUUGUUGCCAUUGAAAAUCCUGCUGAUGUCAGCAUCAUAUCCUCCAGGAAUACUGGCCAGCGAGCUGGGCUGAAGUUUGCUGUUGCCACUGGAGCCACUCCUGUUGCUGGCUCCUUCGCUCCUGGAACCUUCACUGACCAGAUCCAGGCAGCUUUCUGGGAGCCACGUCUUCUGGUGGUUACUGACCCCAGGGCUGACCACCAGCCUCUCACGGAAGCAUCUUGUGUUAAGCUGCCCACCAUUGCUCUGCGUAACACAGAGUCUCCUCUGCAUCACGUGGACAUUGCCAUCCCACACAACAACAAGGGAGCUCACUCAGUGGGUCUGAUGUGGUGGGUGCUGGCCCGGGAGGUUCUCCGCAUGUGUGGCUCCAUCUCCUGUGAACGCCUGUGGGAGGUCAUGCCUGAUCUCUGCUUCUACAGAGAUCCUGAAGAGAUUGCAAAGGAAGAGCAGGCUGCUGCUGAGAAAGCUGUGACCAGAGAGGGAUUUCAGGGUGAAAGGACUGCUACUCAGCCCGAGGUUGCAGACUGGUGUGAAGGUGUGCAGGCCCUCUGGAGACUGGUCUGCAGCUCCCGCUGCUCAGGCCACUGA